UCCAGUAAUGGUAGCAUCAGCGUGGUGAAGGUGAAGGCAGCGUGUAUAAACAACGGAGAAGGAGUGAGCACUUAAACGGUUACAUGUUGUAACAGCUACCCGUGAAUCGAGAUUUGAAGACCUUUUAGCUUGACCCGUCGGAAAACAGGAGAGACUCUAUAACAAAAUGCCCCAUCGAAAGAAGAAGGCAUUUAUUGACAAGAAGAAGGCUGUGACCUUUCACCUCGUCCACAGGAGUCAAAAGGACCCUCUGGCUGCAGAUGAGAAAGCGCCACAGCAUGUCCUCUUGCCUGCCACAAAGGUGGAAACGGAGAAGAGGCGUGAGGAGCAGCGGAAAUUUGGCGUAUUCUUUGAUGAUGAUUAUAACUACCUUCAGCACCUGAAGGAGGCGUCGGGCCCAUCUGAGCUCGUGUACUCUGACAGACAGCCUCUUUCCCUCCAAGAUGAAGAGGAGGAGAAUGAGGGGGAAAAAAUCGUGCACAAGGACAAUCCUGCCGCCUCCAUCAACCUGCCUUCUUCAGUGUUCGCCUCAGAGUUUGAAGAGAAGGUGGGACUUUUGAACAAAGCUGCUCCCAUUUCAGGACCCCGGCUCGACAUGGAUCCGGACAUUGUAGCAGCGCUCGACGAUGACUUUGAUUUUGAGAACCCCAACAACAUCCUGGAUGAUGAUUUCAUCAUCAGAGCAAACAGUGGGACUGGAGCUGUGGACAUGGAAGGAGACGGUCAUGAUGAUGAUGAUGACGAGUGGGAGGACACAGAUGAGGAAGGCGACUUUGACUCUGAAGGCGGGUUUUCCAGCAACGAGGACGCGGAAGCGGACGGCCGAGAGUUUCUGUUCAUGGACGAGGAGACGAAGAGUCGCUUCACUGAGUACUCGCUGACGUCGUCUGUGAUGAGGAGGAACGAGCAGCUCACCCUGCUGGACGACCGCUUUGAAAAGUUUUAUGAACAAUUUGAUGAUGAUGAGAUCGGUGCGCUGGACAACGCUGAGCUGGAAGGGUUCAUCGAACCAGACAGUGUUCGUCUGGAUGAAGUCCUCAAAGACUACUUCAAACAGAAAGAGAAGGAGUCUCUGAGGCCGGAAGAUUUAGGUCCCAAAGGGCUUCCUGUUGUGAGGGAGGAGGAGGAAGAUGAGGAUGAAGAAGAAGAGAUGGAAACCGUUGUUGUUGAAGCUCCAGAAGAGAAGUGGGACUGUGAAACAAUCAUCAGUACAUACUCCAACAUAUAUAACAGACCCAAAGUCAUCGAAGAACCUCAAAAGGAAAGAAGAGUUGAAAAGAAAGCCAAUAAAAUGGCAUUCAAGGAGGAAAAAGCCCGACAGGAGAAGCAAAUGUUGAACCUGAGGACAAAUGUUCAAGGCCUGAAGCUUUAG